AUGUUCUUCAACGCCAGGGCGCUCUUCCUUGGCGCCGCCGCUCUUUUCUUCGGGCUCUCCGCCGCCGACGACUGCGCGCAAGGUCCAUGGCAAGACGUCCAGUACGUCGGCGGCCAGGGCGGUAGUCCCUACUGCCACACCAAGUACCUCGACGGCACUGUCAUGACGGGCAUCGAGGUCUGGGCUUCCAAAAAGGAGGUCGAGGCCAUACAGUUCUACUACAGCGACGGCACCAACAGCGGCCAGCUCGGCAAGGUCGACAAGAACAAGAAGCAUGCUCGUCUUGACUGGGACUCGUCCACGGACGGUAUCUCGCAGGUCAAGACAUGGGGUAACGGCAAGGGCGAGUCCUUGGGCCGCGUGUAUAUCCGCACUAAGGGCGGUGCUGAGCUCGACGUCGGAAAGGAUACUGAUGGCCAGGAUACUUAUGAGUCGAAGACGGCUUCCGGCAUCUUGCUCGGUGCUUUCGGUCGUUCUGGUGAAGUCAUUGACGGUCUGGGCCUUCUCUUCCUGAAGAGCAAGAUCGACAAGAUUACUGUUGAGGACAUGGUCUUCAAAGAAACCCCCGACCAACUCAACGCGCAAAUGAAGGGUCUCCAAACCGUCAUCCUCGACUACGCCGAUCACACCAACGCCAACACCGACUCCAACGAGACCUUCACUUUCACCAAGACGGAAACGCGCACUACGUCAAAGAAGUACUCGCAGACCGCCACCCACACCUUCGGCUGGUCCAACGCCAUCGAGCUGUCCGGCAAGAUCCUCGACCUAGGCGCCUCCUCAACCACGACGCUCAAGUAUGAAUACUCACGGUCGUCUACCGAGGAGAGCACCCAGGAGAAGGGCGUGCAGCUUGCGUAUUCGGUUUCUACGGCGUUGAAGCCGGGACAGCGCGUGUUUUGCAGGGCGACAGCUAUGUCGGGCGAGUACAAGGGGGAUUAUACUGCUAAUGUGCAUAUCUGGCUCGAAGACGGCGGCGAAUUCAAGUUUGCCCAGGACGGCACCAUGGAACAGGUCAACUGGAGCCAAGCUUCGUCCAUCUGCCAGGACAAGGAGUUCCCGCCUGAUGAUGCCGUGCCCGAAGUGCCGGCGUCGAAGAGGGCUCUUAAGUUCAUUGCAUAA